UUCAAGGGAAACAACUGUAGUGGAAAGCUCUGACAACAACUCAACUACUUGAGUAUUUCGCGUCCAAGAAAAUGCCGUUGAAAGGAAUUCCCUCAAUUAUCAGUCCUGCUUUGCUUCAUGCAUUAGCUGCUAUGGGACAUGGAGAUGAAAUAGUUUUGGCAGAUGCACACUUUCCUACAUCAUCUAUUUGUCGUCGGGGACCAAUUGAAAUUAGGGCAGAUGGACACAAAAUACCAGAGUUAUUAAAAGCUAUAAUGCAGCUGUUCCCAUUGGACACCUAUGAAGACUCAGCUUUUGUUAUGAAGAAAACUAAAGAAGAUAUAAAUUUGCCACUGCCUCACUUGGCUGAAUAUAAGAAGAUUUUAUCAGAAGCAGAGAAUAAAUCUAUUCAUAUGAUUGAAGUCGAAAGAUUUGCUUUCUAUGAACAAGCCAAAAAAGCAUAUGCUAUUGUUCACACAGGUGAAUUGGCAAAAUAUGGAAACAUAAUCAUUAAGAAGGGUCUCGCCUUGUAACACCAACGCCUGACUUCUGAAUGACCUUCACAACGCUCACAUAUGACCAUUAUAUUUUUCUCUUUUCCCUGCCAACAGUCUUUUGCAGUACUUGCAAUAAGGUCACAAGUGCCACCCUCCUUUCUGUGACUAAACCAGGACUUCCCAUAUACUGCUAAUAACAAAAUUUGAUGUCAAUUCAUCCCCAAAUUAAUUGAAUAUCAAUUACAUAACUAAUUUACCAGUAUUUGAUAGAAUUUACGUGAGUAAAAUAUCUUCAAACACCUUUAA